CUGUCACUUUCUGAAGUGUGAAAUAAACGCUUGAACACAGAAAAUGUUCAGUUAAGAACACACAGAAGUGUUAAAACAGUCAAUUAAUUUGACAGUAUGGAGUCCAGUGUGCUUCCUCUUUUACUCUUGCUAAUGUCUCUCAGCUACCCUGGACACACUCAAGCAGGAGCCAAACCUGUAUUGCACGUACAGCCUGAUGAACAUGUGUUCAGAGGAGAGACUGUCACAUUCACAUGUGACAUACAGACAGAAACAGACACUGAGUGGACAUACAGCUAUAUUAAGAAUGGAGACAUUCGCUCCUCAAACACAUCAACUCAAGAGUUCAGGAUCAGUACUGUUUAUGAGUCUGACAUUGGUAAAUACAGCUGUAGAGGAGAGAAAUCAAGUGACCCACCAAUAUCAGUCAUCAGUGAUGCUGUUACACUGACUGUAUCAGCCACACCAAAACCAGUUCUGACUGUGAUGCCCCAGAGUUCAGUGUUCAUUGGAGACACAGUUAAUCUGAGCUGUGAGUUCACACACUCAACUGGAUGGAAGAUUCACUGGUAUAAAAACGUAAAACACAUAAAAGCUUAUUCUGCACAAACUGAAACAUUGAGUGAUGUGAAAGUCUCUGAUGGAGGAAAGUAUCACUGCAGGGCUCAAAGAGGAAACUACUACACACAUUACAGUCACACAGUUAUGAUAACAGUAACUGAGAGACUCAAACCUGAUGUGCAUUUACAGCCCGAUGAACAUAUUCAGAACAAUGGCAGCCAGAAACCAGGCUUGGGUGUGCCACAGGAAAACUGGUGUCACAUUCAGCAGAUCAGAUUUCUGUCUUACACACUCUCAGUUCUCUUCUGGCAGUUUGUCCAUAUCUGAUUGUGACAGUCAUGCUGGUUUUCAAAUACUACAGAGCGAGAGGUGAAAGAGAUCAAUAUAAUCCACAGAUGAAAUGUUUGUUCACAAAGACAAUAACAGCAGAGAAGAGCAAUAUGAACGUCUAGUUCAAUGACAUGUUUAUAGUACUGUUUUUGUGUGUAUUUUAUAGUUAUAUCUGUUGAAGACCAAAGUCAGUAUGCAGUAACAGAGGAAGAGACUUCAAUCUGAAAUUCUUUUUACAUGUUUAUUUUAUUAUUGAUUUAUCAUAAAAAUGGUUUUAAAAUGGUGUUAUUUUGUUAGCCUGCUUUCAUAGAAUUAUUUUUGUGAUUUAUUACAUGUUUGAACCUGUUUCUUGUUCAUAUAAUUAGUAAGACAUAUAGGUUUUAUUAUGUGUGUGAUCUUGUGUUUCUUAAAAAAUAAAAUAAUAAUAAUAAUAAUAAUAAGCGUACCUUUGGGUUUUAAAAUAUUCUGGACUUUAUGCUUGCUUAAACAUUUUGCAGCAUUGUUGUUUUUGUUUCAAUAUUCGUUUUGAUAAUAGAAUAUAAGGAAGAGAUUAAGGAUGCUAAUAGCAUUAUUAGUAACAGAUGUUGCUUUUAUUUUACUUUCUUAUCUGGGUUUUGAAAUCAAUAAACUAGUGUUA